CCAGCACCUCGAACCUCCCCCCCAGCGCCAGGCCCCCGGGCGUUGCCAAGCCCGGAGCGGCUCGCACUCACCCGAAGAGGCCGGCGAAGAAGGACUGGGAGCCGCGGACCUUCUUGUCGGCCUCGGCCAGGAGCUGCAGCGCCUCCUUCUCCUUCCCGGCCUGGUCCAUGGCGGCGGCCCCCAGCACCGCCGCUUCGCCUCAACCUGACGCCUCCCUGCGCCUCCUUCACGUGAUACCGGCGCUAGAGCUCCUAUUGGCUGGCUACGGCCACGUGAGGAGGGCGGAGGGAGGCGGGGCAGCGCUUCCGCCUCGUCUGCCCCGCCGCGGGGUGAGUUUGGGGGGGGGCAGCGCCCCCUGGCGGCCGGGGGGAGCGCGGCCCCGAAAUGGGGCGGUUUCCUCCUUUUCGGACACUUUUGACGCGUUCCGGUGACGUAGGGCUGGAACCCGCAGCUCGGGCUGCGUCAGUGUAGUCGGGAGGGGGGGGUGGGUGUCCCCCGAAGGAGCCCGGGGUCAGCCAAGCGCCCGCAGCUCUGCUGGCGAGGGUCAUCGUGCUGACAUCACGGCCGCGGCGCUGACAUCACGGCCACGGCGCUGACAUCACCGAACUACUUAACGGCGCAGCGCGGCUGGGCCCUGAACCGCGGGGCUACGACGCGGCUGGCCGGUACGGGCCGGGGAUAACGCCGACGGCCGGAGCGAAACACCCAUCGGCGCGACGCAUCGACCACCGGACAACGUUUUUGGGGUUAAAUCCCCCCCCCCCGAAACGACCGCUCGCCUGCAAAAGUGACAUCACCGGCGCGGCGACCAAGAACCGAAGAACCGCGGUUGUCUUCACCGCGACGCUCGCGGCGCCUCGGAGGGGUCCCCGGCGGCGAGGAGGCGAUGGCGGGCGGGAACUCCACGAGCGUGUCUCAGUUCUUGCAGAAAUGGGUUAAACCGGAGGGCGACGGCGGCGAGGCGCAGCCCAAGGAGGAGGCGACGGACGAGCCGGCUCUCCCCCUCGCGCCGCAGGCGGUACAAGAGGAAACACCGAUGGUGUUCAACGCCUACGCCAUGACGGCCGCCAACCUCGGCGCAUCGUCCAGGAGGAAGAGGGAGAAAGGCGGAGGUCAGGACGGCCCCGGCGCCGCGCUCUACGUCGACCGUCGCAAAUCCAAGGUGUGGAAUUAUUACACGAAGCUGGGGGACGCUUACGUGGAGUGCAACGUCUGUAAGAAACAGCUCUCCUUCCACAACAGCACCACCACCAUGCGGGAACACCUGGUGAGGAAGCACAGCAUCCGCGACACCCUGCUCUCCCAACUCAAGGACGACCAAAGCGCCGAAGCCGAUUACGCGGCUCAAGAGAACGCCGCCAAACGCUCCCGGCAAGCGACGUCGGAGAGCGGCCUCUACCACGUCGCGUCCUGUUCGGAGCCGAGGAGCGACGUCGUCCUGGAGCUGGUGCUGGAGAUGAUUUUCCGCGACCUGCACCCUCUCUCCGUGGUGAAGGACAAAGGGUUCGGGCUCCUCCUCGGGUACCUGGAACCGAAUUUCACCCUCCCGGCGCCGGUGCAGCUCUCCAGCAUGUUGUGGCACAGGUACAACGUGGUGAAACAACACCUGGAGCGUUACCUGCAGACGGCCGAAGCCAUCGCGCUCUGCGCGGAGUUCUGGCUUUCCCGGCUCGGCCAAACCUACCUCACCGUCACGGCCAACUUCAUCGACGGGGAGUGGCGGCGGGCGCGGUGCGUCAUGGGGACGCAGCAAACGCAGGGAGACAAAGCGGAAGGAGAGUUAGGGGAGAAACUGUCCGCCGUCCUCGCCGAAUUCGGGUUAUCCGGCAAAUCCGUCUUCUGCGUGGUGCACGACGGGCCACAGAGCGCGGCGGCCGGCGCGCGGCGGCUGAAGGACGCGUACGGCUGGGGCAGCCUGUGCUGCGCCGCCCGCACCCUCCACCUCUGCGUCAAAGCGGGGCUGGAAGUCGAACAGGUCCAGGAAGCCCUGAGCAUCGCCCGAGGGCUCGUCAGGUAUUUCCAGCAGGACGCCAAAGCCGCCCGCUCCUUAACCAACAAACUGGAAACCAUCAACAAAACCAAACUCAAACCGGUGACGGACGUGGGGUCCCGGUGGAUAACCACCAUCGAGAUGUGCGAGACGCUGCUGGAUCUGAAGUGGGCCAUCAUGUCCGUGCUGGAGGAGAACCCCAAGGGCGCGGCGGCCGUGCGGAACCUGGCCGAUCAUCAGUGGAAGCUCCUGCAGGAUCUGGUUCCCGUCAUGAGGACCGUUAAGAUCGCCACGGCCUUCCUGCGCGAGGAACAGAACGCGUCCGUGUCCUCCCUGAUGCCUUGCGUCCACGGGAUCGUCGCCGCCAUCGGACAGCAGGCGGAAGAGGCCGGCGUCGUCAUCAAGACGGUCGUUGGCAACAUCAGGACGGAGCUGACGCGGCGCUGGGGGUUAUCGGAGGACGAGAAGGCGCUGGAAAACCCCGCGGUCAUCGCCUCUUUCUUGGACCCGCGCUUCAAGGAGAUGAGGUUCCUCAGCCCCGGCCUGAGAAGCGAGCUGCACAGGAGGGUGAAGAACAUGCUGUCGCAGGUUUUCAACCACCCGUCCCCAUCUGCUGCCCAAUUUCGGGUGCCAAACUCGGAUUACAAAGCCGAGGGCGGAGAGGCGGGCGGCCAGCUGGCCGCUCGCAAGGACAGAUGCUCGAGCGCCGCGUCGCAGAGCGUGUACGACAUCCUUUUGGGGAAGGAUCCCACCGAGAGCAUGCCCGAGAUCCACCAGCAGCUGGAGAAUUACAUCGUGGAGCCCCUCUGCAAGCGAAGCACCAACCCGCUGGACUGGUGGAAGAACAACGAGCACCGUUUCCCGGCCGUGGCGCGGCUGAGCCGGCAGUACCUCGCCAUCCCCGCGACCGCCGUGCUGCCCGAACAGGCCUUCGCCGCCGGCGAAAGCGCCCUGGAGCAUCGACGAGCCGUCCUGGCGCCAGAGAACCUGGAUCAAAUUCUCUUCUUGCAUCAAAAUUUUGACUUUUUUGAAUCCAUGAGGAACAGUAACGAGACUCGGAACAGAAAUCUGCACUGACGCGCGCGGAGAGCGACGCUUCGCUGACCUUUCGGACGCCGGCCCCGCCGCGGUUACCCGUCUACGGCAGCCAGCGCCGAAUAUUUCUCCCGAACUCCUGCCCGCGUUUUCGGUAAUCGCUUCGGCGACGCCCGCGGUGAAAAGCGAGCUUUUCGCACGAGAACAGCGCCGAACCGCGGGGAACAGGCGCCGAGCCGCCGGCGACGGAUACGGGCGCGGCGACGGCGAAGGAUCCGCGUCCCACGCGGGUACGAGACGCGGGUGUGCCAAUUCGCCCCCAAAUACGACGUUACUCGACCGCAGCGCAGGAAAGAUCCCUCAGCUUACGCUUGGAAUCGCCUCCGGAUUUUCCUCCGGGGUGUAACCGUAGCAACUUCUUUACAAAGCAGAGCUCGGUUCCUUAAUAUAUUUUAAUAAAAUACGGAAUUAAGAUCGCUCGACGCUGCGACAGCCCGCUGCUUUGGCGGUAGAGGAAACAGCCCACUGUUUCCAGCUUUGCAGGUUUGGGUUUUUUUUUUUUUCCCCGUGUUUUUUUUACUGUUAAAACUUUUCAGUCCUCACGGCCGCUUUCCUGCCUGCCGGCAGGGCUGACGAUGACUUAAACCGAGGGCAGCGAAAGGGCUGUCUUCGUUUUCGGAAGGCAGUCAGUUUUCCCUUUGGAAUCGUAAGGGCUAAAUAAAGUUUCUUUGAUUUAUUUUUUAAAUACGAGUUAUGAGAAGCGAAAGGGUAACAUUCACGCCCGCUCUGCAAAGCCGCCUCCUGCUCUGGGUGAAGUUUAUCGAGGCCCAGACCUGAAGAUCGGUCCUUUAAACGAAAACGGAACCGAAAUACAGAUUCGUUUGUGCUGGACGUGACUAUUCGGCCAAGCAAAGAUUAAACAAAGCCAUGAAAACCUUGUGGCAACAACAAACAAAGCCUUUUAUCCCUCCCAGAACAGAUAAUGAAGACCCCUUAUUUAUAGUUUGUUCCUCUAAGUAAUCAAACCCCUGGUUUCACUACCAAAUGCAGCGCUAUUUAGGCAAAAAAACCCGCAAAUCGGUGCAAGAAAGCACCGUAGCCAGUUGUGGAUUAAGCGCUCCGGAAGGCUGACACCGGCACCGCCGGAUAAACCGAGCCAACGGACAGCCGAAGACGUUUAACCGCCCCGGUUCUCCCCUCACCGAGCGCCCUCCGCCCGUUGGUACAACGCAGGCGGCUCCUGCUCCGUCCCGCGGGACAAACGGCGGCACCUCGUCGUUCGGGACGGCGAAACGAAGGGAACGUUUGCGUUCGGGCUGGAAAGGGAAGGAGCAGCCACGCGAUGACAGGUUACAGCCUGGAGCGGUCCCCAGACUCGACGGGUUUGAGGUCUCGAGCUUGAAUUUUUUUAAGAAUUUUAGGAAUUAAAUAAGGAUUUGUCUUUACACACACACACCCCACCCCCCCCCGACCGCGGGGCCGGGCCUGCGGAACGCCCCUGGGUUCUUCUGUCGAGACCCCGGCGUACACGUAGCAUGCUGCGUUCGUACCGCCAACCGAGCGUAACGAGCUUUGCUUUAAUUACUUAAUUACUCGGAGCAUAACCAGCAAGAGCAGUCCGAGAACUUUUACAUCUGCUGUUCAGAACCCAGUUUAAUAAGCUAAGCACAUUUAAAAAAAAAAAAAAGCCGACCCAAACCCCGGGGUUCCUUGGCUCCGAGGAGCGUCUGAGGCCUGAACCGCUGUGCGUGGCUAUCACCGGCCAGCAAAACGAGCUAUUAAAAACGGUCAGUUCUCAGCGA